AAGUCAGCUUCCUGAAGUGUUACAUGAAUCAUCUUGCUUACAAGCCGGGUUCACUGCGUACGCGCACCCCUUGACCCCGCUCUAGAAUAAAUUACGUCCCCGCCGUCAGUAGGUGCAGUGCGCGCUCGUGAGGCGCACGCGGCGUCAUGAAGCUCCCGGUGCUAUUGUUGUUUACAUUCGCGCUCGCACAAUGCGGUCACUGCCAGACCACGUGGUUCCCCAACAUGCUCGGCAUGGUCCGGAACAAAACGAUGGAGCUGAAGAAUUAUGUGCAGGACAAAGGGCAACACAUCAUCGACAAGGUCACCUCUUAUUUUAAACCGUCGUCGGCCGUUCAUUCCAGGAGUUUGGAAAUCACAACGCAGGAGCAAGUCAAAGAAAGAUUUGAAUUGUACGUAAAUGAAGCAGAUUUGUCCGAUUCCGAGUUGUUUGACGCCAUCGCUCCGCCCGAAUUGAAAUAUAACUGCACGCCCGACGACCCCGCCGUGCACAUGUCGACGCCGCAGCUGAUCGGGCUGCACGGCUACCCCGCGCAGUCCCACAUCGUGGUCACCGACGACGGCUACCUGCUCACCGUGCACCGCAUCCCGCACGGCCGCCCGGCCAACGCCAGCAACGCCCAGAGCCCGCACAAGACCGUGCUGCUGCACCACGGCUUGCUCGGCAGCUCCGCGGACUGGGUGAUCGCGGGCCCGGGUAAGGCUCUGGCUUAUAUCCUGUCCGACGCCGGGUACGACGUCUGGCUCGCGAACGUCAGGGGGAACACGUACUCGAGGGCUCACGUGACCCUCAACUCCAACAGCCGGGCAUUUUGGAACUUCACAUUCCACGAGGUCAGCCAGCACGACCUGCCCGCCGUCAUCGACUACAUCUUGGCGGCUAAAGGGUUGGACACCAAGCUGAACUACGUCGGCCACUCGAUGGGCACGACGGUGUUGUUCGCCUUGCUGUCCACUAAACCCCAUUACAAUAGAAUUUUAAGGGCGGGAUACGCUCUCGCCCCCGUGGCGUACAUGACGGACGUCGUGAGUCCGAUACGGCUGCUGGCCAGGUUCGCCGACGACAUCGGAUAUUUAUUAAAUCUUCUCGGCCAGAACGAGUUCCUGCCACAGAACGCGGUCAUGCGGUGGUUGUCGAAGCACGCUUGCGAAAUAAAUCGGUACGAGGAAGCCAUCUGUGAAAAUACCCUGUUCAUGCUGUGCGGACACGACGAGAAGCAAUUCAACAAGACGCUCAUGCCGCUCAUCCUGGGGCACGUCCCGGCGGGGGCGUCCACGCGGACUCUCAUCCACUACGCGCAGGAGAUCCGCAACAAAGGGCAGUUCCAGAUGUUCGACUACGGGCACGACGGCAACAUGAUAAAGUACGGCAGGCCGGUGCCGCCGCAGUACCCCCUGCAGACCAUAACGCUGCCCAUCGCGUUGUUCGGCGCGCAGAACGACUGGCUGGCGAGCACGGCCGACGUCGCCGAGCUCCACCGCCAGCUGCCCAACCUCAUCGAGAACUAUGUGGUGCCGCUGAAGGAGUUCAAUCACAUCGACUUUCUGUGGGCGAUCGAUGCGCCGAAGCUAGUGUACAAAAAGUUAUUAGAACUCUUAGAAAAAGGAGGUACCAGAUAUGCGGACGUGGAAAUCAUAACUAGUGACAGUGAAGAAAAUGAAGUUGAAUAGUUUAGCUUUUAGGUGAGCGCAUUUGUAGACGUAGUUUAGAUAAGAGUUGAUAAAACUUACGUUAGAGAGGAACUGAGCUACGAGUGGGUUCUUUUUUACUUUGUAAGACAUUGUGAGAUUAGGUUUUAACGGUUAUAUUAAGUUUCCGUAAUAAAGUACAUAUUGUUCUAACA